CCCCGGGGAGGGCCCGGGUGCCCCGCUCCGCCCCGCGGAGGCUCAGCACGGCUCGGCUCGGCUCGGCUCGGCUCGGCACGGCUCGGCGAUGGGCUACCCCGUGCUGCUGGCUUUGGCCGCGCUCCUGGCGCCCGCCGCCGCCUCGGCGGUCACAGCGCAAGAGGAGCAGCUCUUCAAGGCCUGGAUGCUGCAGAACGGGAGGCGCUACGGGCCGGCAGAGUACGGGCACCGGCUGCGGGUCUUCGUGGGCAACAAGCGGCGCAUCGACGAGCACAACGCCGGCAACCACAGCUUCGAAAUGGGCCUCAACCAGUUCUCCGAUCUGACCUUCACGGAGUUCAAAAAGAUGUACCUGUGGAGAGAGCCCCAGAACUGCUCGGCCACAAAGGGGAACUUCCUGCGCAGCUCGGGGCCGUAUCCAGACUCCGUUGACUGGAGGAAGAAAGGGAACUACGUGACACCUGUGAAAAACCAGGGCCCCUGCGGGAGCUGCUGGACCUUUUCUACCACGGGGUGCCUGGAGUCGGCGAUCGCGAUUGCCACGGGAAAGCUGCUCUCCCUGGCGGAGCAGCAGUUAGUUGAUUGCGCUCAGGCUUUUAACAACCAUGGCUGCAGCGGGGGCCUGCCAAGCCAAGCUUUCGAAUACAUAAUGUAUAACAAAGGGCUGAUGGGGGAGGACGCCUACCCGUACCGGGCUGAGAACGGCACGUGCAAGUUCCAGCCAGACAAGGCCAUUGCGUUCGUCAAAGAUGUUAUCAACAUCACGCAGUACGAUGAGGCUGGCAUGGUGGAAGCGGUGGGGAAGUACAACCCGGUGAGCUUUGCGUUUGAGGUGACGAGUAACUUCAUGCACUACAGAAAAGGAGUCUAUUCAAACCCACGAUGUGAGCACACUCCCGACAAGGUGAACCAUGCUGUCCUAGCUGUUGGGUAUGGAGAAGAAAAUGGGACUCCUUACUGGAUCGUUAAGAACUCUUGGGGCCCUCUGUGGGGCAUGGAUGGGUAUUUCCUAAUUGAACGUGGCAAGAAUAUGUGUGGUCUUGCUGCUUGUGCAUCUUACCCUAUUCCCCAGGUGUAAGAGAAGAGCACAGGCUGGGGAAAGUGGAUACAGAGAAAGGAAUAAUUGAUCACGUGUGAAUUUCUAAAUGCUAGAAUCAAGAAAGCAAGAAGAAGAAAGAAGUCUGCUGAUAUUUGUUAGGUGCAGGUAGAUUCCUGUGCUUGCACAAAGCUUCCUGUGGUAGGCAGAUCCGUGCCCGCUGUCCCUAACCCAAACCAGGUGUACUCCUGCCCUCACAGCCAGAACCCCCGGCUGCUGGUGGCGUGUGCCGGGCUCCCCGUGCUGAGGGGGGACAGAUCCAGGAGCACACGAGGCACAAAUGCCAGGCAGCCCCCGACAUCAGGGUGCUGUACCACAACCCCAGCCCUUCCCCGAGCCACUCAUUUCUCAGUCAGCCGAUGCAACUUUUUUAGGGACUUUUUUUUUCUCUGAAGGCGAUUUUUCCUUUCUCUAGAGAAAGACGAGUGCUGUGAUUUUUAAGUUUUAUAUGUGCUCAUUUGACGUUUUCAGUAUUUUUGUAAAGGAUGACCAAGUGAGGCUAUUUUAAGGAAAGCAGUGAAGGAAGGGAUGAUUUUCUUUUAUCAAUCAAUCAAUGAAGUAAAACUUUAUUGCCGUUUGACAAGGCUCCUGUGAGAAGCCCUUUCGCCAGCAGAGGGCAUUGUGCGUUGUGUCGUGCUGCCGCUGCCCCCGCUGCUGCCUGCUACCGGGACGAAUAAAGACCACCUCCACCUCUCCCUCGUUAA